AUGGAGAUAGAAACAGCUACAAAAAUGGACGAUAAAGAAAAAUGUAAAAACAGUUCAAAUAAUAAAAAUAGCCAGAAGAUUAAUAAAUCGUCUUUGUUUGCAUUGUUUUCAGCAGCUGAUAAAUUAGACUAUGCCUUGAUGAUAAUUGGAGGUAUAGGUGCAUGCAUACAUGGUGUUGUUCUUCCUUUUUUCUUCGUUCUAUUCGGCGGUUUGAUCGACUCGCUCGGAAAAUAUUCUUCAGAUCCUCAUAAAAUGUCUUCCCGUGUAGCACAGUAUGCUUGGUACCUGGUUUAUCUUGGAUUGGUAUUAUUUGCAAGUUCUUGGAUAGGAGUUGCAUUUUGGAUGCAAACAGGCGAAAGGCAAACUGCUCGCUUACGUUUACAAUAUCUAGAGGCUAUUUUAAAAAAGGAUAUUAACUUCUUUGAUACUGAAGCACAGAACAAAAACUUAGUUUACCAUAUUUCUAGUGAUGCAAUACUAGUACAAGACGCCAUUGGUGAUAAGAUAGGACAUACGUUGCGCUAUCUUUCUCAAUUCAUAGGCGGUUUUGUAGUAGGCUUCACUAUGGUGUGGAAGCUUUCCCUAGUUACUUUAUCUAUUGUUCCUUUGAUUGCUGUUGCCGCUGGAUUUUACACUAUAAUCCUAUCUACAUUUUCAAAAAAAGCUGAAGCUACUUAUGCUGAAUCUGGCAAGGUUGCUGAAGAGAUUAUCUCACAAGUUCGGACAGUAUAUUCGUUUGUGGGAGAGUGUAGGGCAGUGGAAAGGUACUCAAGAUCACUUGAGAAAGGAGAAAAAAUAGGGAAAAAAAGUGGAGUAGCAAAAGGUCUUGGAAUUGGCUUAACAUAUGCACUUUUGUUAUGUUCUUGGGCUUUACUUCUAUGGUAUUCCAACAUACUUAUUAGGCAUCAUGAAACUAAUGGAGGCAAAGCUUUUACUACCAUUCUCAAUGUUGUCUUCAGCGGAUUUGGACUAGGUCAAGCUGCUCCAAAUCUUGCUGCUAUAGCUAAAGGUCAAGCUGCUGUUGGCAAUAUAAUUAGAUUGAUUAAGAGUGAUAAUGAUUCUUCUAAAAGGUUGGAUUCUGGAAUAACUUUACGAAACAUAAGUGGUGAAAUUAAGUUCAAUGAAGUCUGCUUUGCUUAUCCUUCAAGGUCUAAAAUGAUCUUCGAAGGUCUAAGUUUCUCAGUUUCUUCUGGAAAGAGUUUUGCUGUUGUGGGCCCUAGUGGCUCAGGAAAAAGCACCAUUAUUUCCUUGGUUCAACGCUUCUAUGUUCCCAUUUCAGGAAGUAUAUUGUUGGAUGGGCAUGAUUUACGAAAUUUCAGCCUGAAAUGGUUGAGACAACAAAUGGGAUUGGUUAAUCAAGAACCAGUCUUAUUUGGUGCAACCAUAGCCGAGAACAUUCUAUGUGGCAAAGAAGGUGCAAAUAUACAACAGCUUGAGGAGGCUGCUAAAGCCGCAAAUGCCCAUUCUUUCAUUCAAUCAUUACCUAAUGGUUAUCACACUCAGGUCGGAGAAGGAGGAACUCAACUUUCCGGGGGCCAAAAACAGCGAAUUGCCAUCGCAAGGGCGGUCAUACGAAAUCCAAAAAUACUAAUCUUAGACGAAGCCACUAGUGCUCUUGAUUCGGAAUCGGAACACAUUGUUCAGAAAGCAUUAGAAGUGAUCAUGUCACAAAGAACAACCAUCGUUGUUGCUCAUCGAUUGUCCACUGUUCGAGAUGCUGAUCAAAUCAUAGUCCUCAAAAAUGGAACGCUUGUAGAAUUGGGAAAUCAUGCACAAUUGAUUUCAAAGGGUGGAGAAUAUGCAGCUCUAGUUGAACUACAGGUAUUAGAAAGCAGGCCUUUUAAAGCAUCAAUUGGCUUGGAACAAACAACUCAAGAAAUCUGGAGCAAUUCUAAGCAGUCCAACAAUAAUGUUAGCCCCUUGAAAGAUUCAAGAUCAUUUUCCAAUAGAGAGCAGAAAUUAAGUAAUAAUAAUAAGGAAAAUCAUCCUAAGACUUCCUUGAAAGAAUUGAUGAUGCUGAAUGUAUCAGAGUUUCCUUAUGCAAUUCUUGGCUCUAUUGGGGCUGCUUUUGUUGGAAUACAAGCUCCUUUACUUGCCUUUGGUAUAACAUAUAUGUUAACGGCGUUCUAUUCGAACGAUGAAUCGAGGAUCAAGUAUGAUGUUCGAUUGAUUGCCUUUGCUUUCUUUGGGGUUGCUCUUGUUACUCUUCCCAUAUGUUUGAUGCAACACUACUUCUAUACUUUGAUGGGAGAACGAAUCACCACUCGUGUUCGCUUAAAGAUGUUUUCAGCUAUGCUUUCCAACGAGAUUGGAUGGUUCGACCAAGAGGAGAACAGCGUAGGCUCACUGACGUCAAAGCUAGCAGCCGAUGCGACGCUCGUAAGGACAACUCUUGUGGACCGUCUAUCGACAAUUGUGCAAAAUACAUCACUAAUAACAGCAGCCUUUAUCUUGGCCUUUACUUUAAGCUGGCGUAUUGCACUUGUUACUAUUGCCAUGUUUCCUGUACUAAUUGCUGGUUCUUUGGCAGAGCAACUUUUCCUUAAGGGUUUUGGAGGGGAUUAUACAAGUGCUUACUCUAAGGCCAAUACUCUGGCUCGAGAAGCAAUCUCGAACAUUCGAACAGUUGCAGCGUUUGGAGUCGAGCAGCAAAUUGCAAAGAAGUUUGCCUCGCACUUAAAACUGCCAAAUAAACAAGCUAGUAUACAAGGCCACAUAUCAGGGUUCGGGUAUGGCAUAUUGUUACUUUUAAAUUUCAGUUUUUACGCGCUCACACUAUGGUACGGUUCCACUCUGAUCAAGCAUCAGAAGGGUACAUUUGGGGAUAUAAUAAAGUCGUUCAUGAUCUUAAUCGCAUCAGCCUUUUCAAUAGCCGAAGCACUUUCUAUGGCUCCUGAGAUUGUUAAGGGAUCAGAUGCACUCAAAUCCAUAUUUUACAUCCUAAAAAGGAAAACAGAAAUUGACUCUAAUGAUCCCAAAUCAAGAAUAGUAACAAAUGUUAAAGGAGAUAUUGAGUUCAGAAAUGUGAGCUUUCGGUAUCCAUCAAGACUUGAAAUAGAUGUUCUUGAGGAUUUAAGUCUCGAGAUUCCUGCAGGAAGGAGUCUUGCGAUAGUGGGUCAAAGUGGCUCGGGAAAGAGCACAUUGAUCGCCCUAGUCAUGAGAUUCUACGAUCCAUUUUCUGGCUCGGUUUUAAUAGAUGGAGUCGACAUUAGAAGCAUGAAUUUAAAGUCUCUUAGAAAGAGUUUAGGGCUAGUACAACAAGAGCCAACACUGUUCUCGACCACAAUAUACGAGAACAUUCAGUAUGGCAAUGAGGGUGCAACCGAAAUUGAGAUAAUGGAGGCAGCCAAAGCAGCAAAUGCACACGAAUUUAUAAGUAGAAUGCCGGAAGGGUAUCACACUCGAGUAGGGGAAAAUGGGUCUCAAUUAUCAGGGGGACAAAAGCAACGCGUGGCCAUUGCUAGGGCUAUACUCAAAGAUCCAUCCAUUUUACUCUUAGACGAAGCUACUAGUGCACUCGACACUUCCUCAGAAAAGAUCGUUCAAGAAGCUCUCGACAAGCUCAUGCAUAGUCGGACAACCAUUAUAGUGGCUCAUAGGCUCUCAACUAUACGUGAUGCAGAUAGUAUCGCGGUCAUGAGCCAAGGGAAAGUUUGUGAGAUGGGAACCCAUGAAGAGCUUAUUAGUACCCAAGGAAGUGUAUAUGCUCAACUACUUAAUUUACAACAGGAGAAAACUCAAUUGGUGUCUUAAAAUUCUACAACUGUGGGCUGGUUUUGGGCUAAUAUACAAACACAAAAGUGAAAAUUUGAAAUACUUAAGCAAAAAAAAAAUAAAUUAAUUAAAUAACUAAGUUUCAAAAAAAUUCCAAAAGUAAGCGUGAAAAUCUCAAACCUGUGGUUUAGAGUUGUUCGCAGUUAGUAAUUGUGAACUGAUAUUUUGUAUAUAUUUUUUUCCUUAAUUUUUGAAUUGUUAUUUGUUGUAUUUGCACUA